AAGCUUAACACUAAACGCAAAAUCUUAACCUACGCCAUUGCUAUUGAAAGGCUUAUAAUUCUUUUGAUAUAUUUAUUUACAGGUAAGUUAAUUUUUUUUCCCUGUGAUUUCUGGACAAAAGUAAUUAUUUGAACAAAAUGAGUAUACAGAUCUUAGUUAAUCGUCUAAAAAUUCAUACCGGUAAAAAUACAGUGCCAUUAGUUCGAUCAAAUUUUCUCAAGGAUAUUAUAUUAGAUUAAUUAGAAGUUGAUUAUAAAAUAAUGUGUGUGACGUAAGUAUAAUUUUAAUUUUGUAACUUUAAUGUAAAUCAGGAUUGGGGCUUUGGUGGUCUCUUCUUUGGUUUAUGCUUAAAAUUAUUCAUCUGUCCUGAAAUAUUAUCAGAUUCCAUCUUGACUCAAUGUUUCGAGAAAAAAAAAAAAAAGUAUUUUUUUGUCUUUUAUGAUGUUAUAUUGGAUUAUUCUCUCAUGAUUCUAAGUUAAGAUUACAAAAUGUGAAAAGCGUAUGAAGCAUUCAAUUAUUAUAAAUUUGGUGUACACAAAACAUGUUAUUUAAUAAUAUUUCAAACCAUAAUAUAAAGCAGGAUCUGGACUUGUGUGUCUGCGAGUUGGUUUUUACCUUUAAGAACUACACCAGUCCAUUUACGUUAUAGGAGUGAGUUAUUAGGAAACAAGGAUUGGUCUUUAAAAUAAAAUUUAAAUAAAAGAAAUCUUGAAUUGAACUCAUUUCCUUCAUUUAGACAGUUGCUUUAAUUUAAAUUUUAACAGACACAGACCCAGAGAUCCAAGAAUGGCGACACAGUCUGCUAUGCUGAUCAAUUUGCCGAAGCUCGUGGUGGACUGGUUUAGUGGGGAGAGAGGACACGCAUGGAUGAAUGGUGAGUUAACAUUUGAAUGUUAAAAGUAUACCUAUGUAAAACAUAUUAAAAGUUGUUUGUUGUUUUAAAUAUAUAUAUUUAAAAAAAAAAUGAAUUAGACACUUAGCAUGUUGCCGAAAUGGCCCAGAGGUCAAGCAAAGGUUAAACAUCGUGUGUGUGUGUGUGUGUGUGUGUGUGUGUGUGUUGAUUUGAUGUUUUAUGUGACGAUAUUCUAUCCGGUUGUGUGUUCCCGUCUUAUGGUCUCGUUAUGUGAUGGUGUGUUCAUGUGAUGGUUUUUGUGUGUUAAUGGGAUGGGUGUUGUGUGCUAAUGUGAUGGGUGUUGUGUGUUCAUGUGAUGGUUGUUGUGUGUUCAUGUGAUGGGUUUUGUGUGUUCAUGUGAUGUGUGUUUAUGUGAUAGUCUCUUCAUGAACGUGUGAUUGUGCGUUUCUGUGACGGUAUCUUCAUUGCAUUGUGUUCAUGUCAUGGUUUUUAGUGUGUUCAUGGGACGUGGUGUGUUCAUGUGACGUGUGUGUUCAUGUGACGUGUGUGUUCAUGUGACGUGGUGUUCUUUUGAGUGUGUGUUCUUGUGAUGGUGAGUAUAUGUGCGAAAUGUCCUAAUUACAAAUCACCAGUAUUUAAAGUCUACGAGAUUUACUUAUGUAAUAUCACUGUCUAACAUUGCAGGAGAUCUAAAUGCGCCCAACCAGUCAGUUGACGUCACAUGGACUCAGAUUUCCCCAAUCACAAAAUUAGCCAAUGGAGUUACUAGGAAGGUAUGUCAUCAAAUUAUUAUAUUAUGACUUUCAGACAUUUUCUGUACGUGGAAAAAUCAAAUUUAGAAUGAACAGAACGCUAAAAUUGAUUUUAAUUUCAAAAUAACUUGACAUAACAUAACACAUUGUACUUUAUUUAUUCCAGUGAUGUUCCGGUCAUUUUAUUAUUGAUUUUUUUCCUUUAAAUCUAGUAUUAGUUGCAUUAACUUAUAUGAAACAUGUAAAUGCUUUGAAUAAUUUAGAACCACUCAUAGUUUUUUUUUUGUGUGUGUGUGUGUUCAACUAUCGACUCAUCUUAAAGGUGGAGCUAAAAUAUGCAGACCACCAGCAGGAGAUCUAUAGUGAGCUAGGCUUAGUUCAGAAUGUCAAGAAAGCGCAACGGGUCACACUGGGAGAUGUAGUCAUGACAGGUAGGUGUUCUUUAAACAUUUGUGUUUCAUUUUCACUGGAAAGUUUUUUACGUCAUUUGGAUUAUGUUGGAUUGGGUCACUCUUUUAAAAUACCAAAAGGAAGAGGCGAAAUUAAUUUUAAUGAAGUCAAAAUAUCAAUAUUUCAUUUUUAAUAGGUUUGGCACAGCCAAUCAGGUUGCCGCUUUCAAAGCUACCACCGGAAGUCCGCAAAAUGUUUGGAGACGAGCUAAUCAUCCGAGACAAAGUCUCGUGGGAGACUAACUCAGAGCAGGAGGCACCCGAAUUGAACAGCGAGCCUCAAAAUAAUGGACGAGCCAGCGGUGGCAGUCGUGUUGCCAUGGUGACGACUACAGAAUCGACAUGUACAUGUAAGUAUUGAUUUGUGCAGCGAUUCUCAAUUUUAUAUUGAUGUACAUUUAAUUAUACUUUUAGUCUAUUAAUUUACUAAAUCAAAUUCCGAACAUAAAAGUUUGACAAGAGCAUCAGCUACCCUUUUUGGGAACCGUCACACAAAAUUUAAUUAUUAAAAAUAUUUAUCGGAUGAAUGAUUACUGGGUUUCCACAGAGUUAUCGGGAGAAAAUCUAAUGUCCAAAUUUUCGAUUAAUCGAUAGUCGGCUUAUUGGGACUGAUAAAUCGGUUAAUUGGUUUACUGAAAAAUCAAAAUUUGAGAAGUCCAUCUUCAUCAAUAACUCUAUCCAAUAAGACGUUUAAAAUUAUUUUCAAAUGUGUCUAAAUUAGGUGUGUCUAGGAGUCUGAGAAGGGUUUUUAACCACCCCCACCCCCCCAAAACCAACGCAUGUGACUUGAUUAGACCCAAAAUAACCUUUCGUAGUGUUCCGUACCUCUCAAGUCUUCAGUAGUGUCACGAGACAUCACGUAAAGCACAACUAAUAUCAUGGCUACGAAUGUCAUGGCUACGAAUGUCACGGCUACUAAUGUCAUGGUUCCUAAUUUAGAGGCUACUAAUUUCAUGGCUGCUAAUAUGAUGGCUACUAAUCUCAUGGCUACAAAUUCCAUGGCUACUAAUGACAUGGCACUACUAAUGUAAUAGCUACUAAUGUCUGAUCACUAAUCGCACAUUGUGACAACCGGCGAAAACCCCUCCAUUCGUGCUGCUCGGCAUCAUAAGCUGUGGCCUUGAAUGACGCCAUCUUUUCGUUCAAGCGAUGAAGCUAGCCUCAAAGUAAAGGCAUAGUUCUCGCCACAUCUUUGGACGAUAAAAUUAUAUUGACAUUCGAGACGAGGGCCCUCUUGUCAUGGCAACCAUAGGCAGCAUCUUGCCCGCUUCAGGUCAAGGUUCACAUACCUGCGUGACAACGUAACGCCUACUUCGAUUGUCUUUCAAAACUAAAUACACAAUAAAGUAAUUAAUCAGUAUUCGCCUCAUGUGCUAUAAGCAUCUAUUAGAUUUAAAACACAUUUUCAAGGACCACGAAAACUAACUUGUGUUUCUUUAUUCAAACAGCCUUUGCAACUCAAUGUCGCAAAAAAAAAACCCACAAAAAAACAUGUGAAAUGGAAAGAAGAAAUCUAACACGCCAUUAUAACUUGUUGAUUUACUUUUUUUUCAGAUCACUUUGAAUGCCAAAUCAUACUUGAAAACGCUGUUUCUAUUCAGGCAAGUCAAAAAAGUGUAGAUCGACGCUACACCGCCGACAUAGAAGACAUCAUAGACAUCCUAGAAGAGAUGAAAUGUACCUUCCCAAAGGAGCUUGAAAAGUUACAUGUCUUUAGGAAUGCAUACACGCCCAGACAUAGAUCUCGCCCUUCGUUUGUCACCUGGAUACUGACUGGGGAAUGUGAGUUCAGGUGGAGUUCUCAACCUGUUGUUGAAUGGGCCUGAAGGAAACCGUCCCUGUUUCAGAUAUUUGUUUCUGGUAAAAUUUAUUUUGAAUCAAACACAGCUCGUGGACACAUCAUUUGUGGAGGAAAACAAAAUAAAUCAAACACAUUGAUAAUUAAAAUAAUAUCCCACUUGUGUUUGUUGAUUUU